CACCUCCCCAACUUCACCACCUAUCUCCGCUUUACCCUACCGAUCAACAGACUGACCUACCUAGUCGGUUAGGCGUGUACGGGAACGCGCGACAUUCUUUUUUCAGCUUUCUCACACAAGUACCUCAACCUCUACACAUAUUACUGACGAGAACAACAAUCCGCAAAUCACUUUGUCAUGUCUAAUCCACCUGUGUCUGGUACUGGCUCCAGCGGCCUGCUUGGCAGUACCAAUACCAGCGGGAGUAGUUCCUUUAGUGCCCCAAGUACAAACACCAGUGUAAACUCAGGAACCAGUUUUUCUUUCGGAAUUGCAGCCUCUGGAGCAACCAGUGGGCCACCAAGCGGGGGGCUCCCUUUCGGUGGUGCGGCUUCCGGCGCAAGUACCCCGAAGCCUACAUUCGGCGGAUCCAACCCAAAUCCAUCCGGAGGUCCGUUAUUUAGCGCCCAGUCUGCUACACCUACGUCUGCACCUGCCCCAGGUGGCCUGUUCGGCAAUAAGCCUUCUGGCGGUGGUUUAUUUGGAGUUACCCAAACCCCUUCUGGAGGUCCGUUUAGUGGUGGUGCCUCAACUACCCCUGCUGGGCCUCCUCCCGGAUCGGCCCCCAAAAAUUUGUUUGGCGGAGGAAAUCCCGGGAUUUUCGGGGGUGGACAAAAUGCGAGUCAGCCGUCUGGUAGCAGUGGCGGUCUCUUUGGGGGGCAAUCACAGCAAGCUAGUCAGGCGUCGAAGCCACUAUUCGGAACUAGUGCCACGGCUGCAGCUGCUCCGUUGUCUGGUGGUCUUUUCGGAUCUACACCUGCGGCAGCAGCUUCCAGUGGUGGUAUGUUUGACGGCGCACAGGCUCAACAAGCCGCCAGCUCCUCAGCAUCGGCUGCCGGUGGACCUGCGGAGCAGAAACCGGGUGGCCCUUUUGGUGGUGGUGCCGGCCCCUCUACAACGCCCGCAUCAAAGCCUCCUACUUCAGGGUUUUUUGUCCCUCCUUCAAGUUCGGCAACCCCAACAGCUCCGGCAGGUACAGCCCCUCAGGCCUCGAUGUUUGGUGCACCAGCCUCUACACCCACCGCUCCCGCAGCAUUUGGUGCUACUCCGGCCAAAGAUGGUGCGUCUCAGUCGUCGGCGCCAAACCUCUUCGGGAAUCUGGCUUCUGGGACAGCUCCCAGUGCGUCGUCAGCCCCAGCCAAUCCCUCGUCAUCUUCUGGUACAGGGGUCCCCCCAUUCUUUGGAGCUACUGCAGCAUCAACUGGGACCAGCACUCCACCUUUGUUCGGUAGCGCUUCUAAGCCUCCCGGUGCCCCAGCUUCUUCUGCCCCCCCGACUCCUGGGGGUCUAUUUGGAAAGCCUCCAGCCACCUCUGGACCCGCUACAAGCACUGCAACUACCUCAGCGUCAGCCGCCCCAAAUUCUGCACCUAGUGGACUCUUUGGCGGCACUACAGCUGCUACCUCUGCUGCUCAAUCUCCUACACCAGGUGUCACUGCAGGGGCGGCAUCUGGACCCUCUAGCCAGGCUAACGCGCCGGGGGCCUCUAUCCCAGGCGCUACCAUGUUGCCUCCUCCUCAGUCCAGGCUGAAGAACAAGUCUAUGGAGGAAAUUAUCAACCGUUGGACCAGUGACCUCGAGAAGUAUAAGGCUGAAUUCGUUCAGCAAGCAGACGACAUCAAGAAAUGGGAUAGCAUCCUUAUUGAGAAUGGUGAAAAGAUAACAAACCUGUUUUCUGAGACUUUGGAGGCGGAGAAGACCCAAGGAAGGAUGGAUACUGUUUUGCAACAACUCGAGAGUGACCAGGAGGAAUUGGGAACAGCGCUGGACUACUAUGAAGCUCAGAUUAAGGAUCUUUUCGAGGCUCAGAUGGGUGGGGUUGAAGGGAUGCAGCCCGCUGAUCAGGAGAGAGAGAAGGCUUAUCACUUGGCUGAGAAAUUGAAUGAUCAGUUGGCGGGCAUGGGCAAUGAGCUCGGUGGAAUGAUUAAAGAAAUCAAUAAAGCAAGCACAACAAUCAACAAGACUACUAACGCUGAUGAUCCGCUUUCUCAAAUUGUCAAAAUUCUGAACGAUCAUCUCUCGAGUUUGCAGUGGAUUGAUUCUCAUACUAAUUCUAUGGCCGAGAAAAUCAAUGAAGCCCAGAAGAAGGCGAGGGAUGGUGCAGGUGGUGCUUUGGGGGGCGAUGAGGAUUACUUUCCCUCAUCUUCUUAUAGGAGCAUGAGGUAAAGGUUUACUGCGGUGUUACAAAAAUUGGAGGCAUUAUUGUGAUGGUCAGAGCCCUCGGAGUCUUUUCUUUUGCUUUUUUUCCUCUACUUUCAAACCAAGUUCCGUAGAGAGCAUACUGUGGUUGGGAUUUUUUUUUUUACUAUUUUCACUGUUUUUCUCCAUUUGAUUGUUGGCCAAAAUGUACUCGUACUCUACCCUAGCUAUGAC